AUGUGCGGCUUGUUCUUGACCCCUUAUCUCUUGAAGAAUAAAACUUUCGACGGUAUAUUAGUCGACGGGCUCAAUGCUCGAAUUCUUACCUUCAAGAAUACGGAAUAUGUAAUAAUAAGAAACAAAAGAUAUCGAAUUGUUCAUAUUGUUCACCAACUUGGAUCAAUAGUCCCUUUAGUAGUACUUAUACAUGGAAUCGGUGGUCAGGUUGCACAGUGGGAAUAUCAAUUAGAAUAUUUUUCUUCCACUGCAAAUGUAUUGGCUAUUGAUUUGUUAGGAUGUGGAAGAAGUGAUAUUUCAAAGAGUGAAACUAUGGUAUUCAUUUGUCAUUCAUAUGGUUGUUGCCUAGGUACAUUUUUGUACCAACGGUUCAAAAAUACUGUUAAAGCUAUGACCUUCAUUUCGGUUAAAGCUGAUAUAAGUGACAAAGAAUUGAAACAACGAAAAACCAUUCAAUCCUACCCUGAUGUAUUUUUUGAUGUUUUCCGCGUCUUAUUUGAUCGUCGCGGUGGAAUCAAUUCUUAUAGUGUUAAUCGUAUGUUGCAUAAAGAUGCGAGCGUUGGAUUACGAACAAAACAAUUAAAAUGGAAUAAACAAUCAAAAACUUUUGUGUGGAAACGAAUGCUUGGUGGUUUUAAAUGGAUAACUCGUGAUGAUAUUCGCAUGAUUCAAUGUCCGUUGUUGCUUAUAGCAGGUCAAGAGUGUGACAUGAUCCAUAUUCAUGAAUGGUGUACUUCACCAAAUACACCUGAUCCAGUGAUGAUUCCACAUGCGGGACAUAAUCCAAUGGUGGAAAACCCUGACCUCGUCAACUUGAUCAUUAAUGAUUUUCUAAUAAAGGCAUCUGGAUUGAAUACAGUUGAUCCUGCGUGGCAAAUUGUUUAUAAAACAAAAGAUGAAAAUAAAUGGUCCAUGAAAAAUUAUCAAAAGUGGAAACAAACUCCAACGAUAGCUGACCGAACUGUCAAUAGUACAUUGUUUAGACCAAUGAAGGUUAUGCGGCAAGUUGACGAAGAACAUUCUCCAGAAAUAUUUAUAGCGCAGCAUCCAGAGAUAGGAUUUAUCAUUGAUAUAACCAAAGAUCCACCACCUUAUAGAACACAAGACUUUGAUAAUUCACAUAUUAAAUAUAACAAACUAAGUACAGCAAGCAAAAUUCCACCAUCACGAGAAGAAGUACGGAUGUUUAUUCAAAUUGCCAAAGAUGCGUGGAGUAAAAAACCUGAUAAACAAAUCGCUGUUCAUUGUCAUUAUGGGUUUAAUCGGACAGGGUUCAUGAUCUGUUGUUAUAUGAUCGAAGAAUUGCACAUCUCAGUAUCUGAUGCAAUUCACUAUUUUGAAGAGGCAAGACGGCCGAGAGGCAUCAAACAUCGUCAUUUCAAAGAGGAACUAUAUUUGCGGUAUGAACCACCUCCUAGAAUUAAUUUGAACGAUUCAGAGAUUUAG